AUGAGGUAUCUUAAUGUUUCUCGACUACUCCUCUUCUUAACACCAGGGAAGAGUAACUAUAUAAAUCAGCUGCCUGAUAUAAUCCAAGCUGCUUCUAUUACUGUGGCCGGUAUCUUUAUCCAUGUAAAACCAUAUAAGUCGACGUACGUAACUGAAGACGCAACUGUCUUCCUCAACUCAGUGGCUGUCGACUGUGUGGUUUCCAUAGGCGGCGGCUCAGUAGUCGGCCUUGGUAAAGCCGUCUCUAUUCGCACAGGAGUGCCCUAUAUCAGUAUACCUACGGUUUACUCUGGCUUACGACGUGAUCGGAUCCUAAGAUUCUGCCUGUAUACUGUCCUGGACAGCUUAUCCAUGAGGCUCCAUCAUAUACUUUGCUAUGUCCUUGGAGGAUCGUUUGCACUACCUCAUGCAGUGAUACACACUAUCGUGCUUCUGUAUACCUUGUCCUAUAAUGCAUAUGCUAUCCCUGAACAGAUGGAUAAACUCGCUACUGCUCUCCUUGGAAGCAAUGAGGAUGCGCUGAGCGGCCUAGAGCUGUUGCUUAACGAAUACCCGAAUCCGCGAGAUUUGGAGCGAAAAUGGAUUCGCGAACUGAUCAGACGAGCUUGGGCUGGGGAAAGUGCGAAAGCAGAUCUAGACAGUAAAUGA